AUGGAAGUGUUUCAAGACAAAUUAAGAGAACUUUCCCUCGCCAAAGACUUGGGACCUGGCCAUCCAAUCACUGCUAUUUCGGACCAGUGGAAAAUUAUGCAAGGCCAUAACCCCACGGACGAAGCCAAUCUCGGUAUCGAAGUCCGCGAAGCUAUCCACAACGCCCUCGACAAAAGGACCGAGUAUCUCCUCAGGCUCGGACAAUAAGUUGCUUUCAGUGUUCUAGUCGUCCACCUUACCAAGGUCACGGAAUCCUGGACGAUCCAAACUCGCCGCUCAAUUCUAUCGCCCUUGGGAAUAAAGAGGAGGCUUUACUGAGCUACUACUUCUACCAAGUGCGUCCUGCGGUUAUUGGUAACCUGGACUCUGUAGGCAAGCCACUUAGCAAGGAUAGCACGGAGCAGAGAAACAAUAUUUGGGUGUCGUUGAUCUUUUGA